UUCGAGUCAGGUUUAUUUUUAGGCACACGGAAAUCCCAGUCUGCUUUAUGGAGUUCUCUUGUUCGUACCACCUGCUGCAGUGUGUAGAGACCUGGCUGUCGAUGCUCCUCAACACUGGGCUACAUGCAUGUGGUGUGAACAUACACAUGUGUUUAUUCUGACUGUAUAUAAUGCCUGUGAGAUUUCAGUGUGGUUUUCGAACUUUCUCAAAGCAAAAGAGAAUGGAGAGGAAGAGAAAAAGAACAAGAGAGAGAAAAAAGCUAGCUCGUCCAUCGUGGACGAAGUAUCCACCAUUCUCUCAAUUACCUUCCCAGAACGAGAUGGAGACACUGAAUAUUUCUGAAUGGCUAGAAGAACUGUGUCCGUCGCGGGCUGGAAAAUGUUGUGAUAGAAUGGAUGUAAAGGUUAACAUGAGAAAGGUUAAAAAUCUGUUUAUUGCAUCCUCCUGUGAAGACAGUCGUAGUGAUGUGAAGAAUUACAACAUGGCUACUCUGUGUCCAUUACAUCCUAGAGAAAGUCUAGAGUUUCUCUGCCUCACCUGUGACGAGCUUAUCUGCCCUUUGUGUAAAAUGGCAGACCAUCAAGAGCACAAAGCAAGAAGUCUGUUUGUGGUUGCAGGUGAGGCCAAGCGUAACCUUCAAAAAUUCACUAGAGAAAUUACUCGGUACGAAAGGGAAGUAAAAGCUGCUCUUCAAGGGACAGAACGGCACCGGCAGGUCUUGCAGGACACGAGGAACGAGGUCGAAGGUCACAUCCGUGCGUGUCACGCACAGCUGCAGACCUUGAUUGACGCCUACCGCGACAGCUGUCUGCUGGAGCUGGACGCCAUGGUCUGCGAGGUGGACUCUGAAGCUCGCGACCUCGCAGAUCGUUUGCGGAUGGAGCUGAUAAAAGUACAAGGAACUCAACAAAAACUUCAUGAAGCUAUCGAGAGAGGAAGCAGCGUAAACGUAUUUAAAAUGAACCAAGAGAUGAAGAACGAGUGGGAUGAAAACCACGUGACCAAAAAAUGUCUGGGCGUCAUCCCCGGUUUUUUGCAUACCGUAGAACAUCAUGAUUUCAUCGCCAAUGAUGACAUCGCCAGUGUCUUUGUAUCAGAAGAAAAAACCAUCGAGAAACUGAUCAGAAAACGUUUUGGCCGUUUGAUCAAAGUGAAGCAACCUCUGCCGGCCGUGGGUAUGGUGUUGAAAAUGGCGUUUAGAUGCAGUGAAGAGGAAGACGAUACAGUCUUCUCUGUGUGCCCUACAGGAGACAACAAGGUAGCGGUUUCGUUUGGACCUUCAUGUACUGAUGGAAAUGCCAACAAAGGAUGCACGAAAAGUUUCUUUGAGGACGGACGUCCUUCUAAAUCCUUCAACUUCGGAAAGUGCACAUUGACAAGAGAGGGCAAAGGCCGUUUCCGGUAUCUGCAAAAAAACAGAUUUAGAGUUUUAUUAUGGUAUUAUAAUGAGGGUCUGUUUGCAAAAGGUGAAAAACAACAUCUUUUGAUGAGACGCACGUCUUCUGAUCCAUGGCGUUUCGUAAAAGUUUCUCGAUUUUUAUAUUUAUUUUGUAUACCAGAAUUUGUGGGUUUUGCCAACUUUGACCUACAUCCAUUAGCAUUUGAUGUGUCCAGUGACGGUAGAUCAAUCGUCGUUAUAAAUGAGGACACAAAUGAUGAAACAAAAUAUCGUCUGCUUUUUCUGUGCACCUGCUGCGAUGACUGUAUCACCGUUAUCAGCGUCUACAAACCACAAGCCGACAUGGAAAACUUCUUUCCCUCCGACGUCUGUUUCUGCACAGUUGAGGGCCGAGAAGUGCUGCUGGUGGCUGAUUCAGAGAACCACACCAUAUCCAUGCUACGAGUAGGACAAGGGACUGAUGACGAACACCACUGCCGGACUGGGACGUUGGAAUUCGAGAGAUUUCUGUUGGACAAACAGCAUUUGAAACACGCGCCCACAGCGCUCAACAAAGACGAGCAAGGCAGACUGUGGGUGGGUUGCAAGGGAGGCUACGUGAUGACUUUGCAGCUAGAAAGGUACAGGCAGCAUCCCAACAUCAAGUAAGAUCUGGCCGUCUCGAGUGAAAAACAAUGAUAUUAUUAGUCGUGUUGACAGUCUCCACAUACUCACUUUUUCCUCUGGAGAAACACGCCUCGUAGUGGAGCCAGCGGAUUCAAAAAGAAGACGCAGAGACAUGUGUCCCCUGUAUGAGAACUGUGGCGGAGAGAUGUCAGUGAAGGAAGCAACCAUCACUUUUAGCCAAGUCAGUAAUUUAUAUAUCUGGAUGGAAGAGGACAUUUAGAGGCAGAUGUUUCCUAUAAUUGAUUAAGUUUGCAGACGAUAUGGCAUUGGUUGCUAGGCUCAAGGAUGAGGAGUCACUGGCAAGCUAUUUCCUCCAGGUUCAGAAAUUACACUCAUGGUUUGAAGAAAACUUCCUGGGGUUCAAUGUCUCCAAAACUAAGGAAGUGGUCCUUGACAGAUCUUGCCAGUAAGAUCAUUGGUUCUCCACAAAUACCUUUAGGUGAGCUACACAUCAGGGCUGUGAGGUUAAAAGCGGUCAGCAUCAUCACAGACCCUUCUCACCCACUCCAUCGCCAUUUUCAACUGCAACCCUCCGGCCGUAGAUGGAAGCAGGUGGUCGCCAAGAAGAGUGCCUUUGCCAAGUCAUUUUUACCGACAGCAAUAGCACUCUUAAACAGAUCACACCAGAAACUACACGGGAAGGAAGACCACGAAGGAAAAGCGAGGAUCUAGAGGAGGAACCAGGAACAGAGUGCGGCGGAAAGGAUGUCGUCUCCCGCUCCAUUGAUGACAAAAUGACAGAACUCGCCACGCUGGUGACAUGCGACCGCGAAUACACGAGGGGCUAUGCGCCAGUGAUUCAGAGGUCAUCACCCACAUGAGACAGGCUUCUGUGAAUUUAUUUUUCUUUUUAAUCAACCAAAU